GCGCAAGAGCCACAACAGGCGCAAGAGCCGCACCUGGCGCAAGAGCCACAACCGCAGGCGCAAGAGCCACCACCGGCGCAAGAGCCACUUCAGGCGCAAGGGCCAUCACAGGCGCAACAACUGCCAACACUGGAUCGGGACCAGCCGCCAACCCAGGAUCGAGACCGAGAGUCACAGCCGCAAGAGGCACCCCAGGCGCAAGAGCCCCCACAGCCGCAAGAGGCACCGCAGGCGCAAGAGCCACCGCAGCCGCAAGGGGCACCACCGACGCAGGCGCCACCGCAGGAUGCAAACCCGGCGCAACUGCCGUCGCAAAUCGACAUUAAUCAGAUCGCUGCAGCCAUCGCAGCCGCCAAUGCGGCGGCUACCCGCAUUGACCGAGAGGCUAGCGCUGCCGCCGCCCGAGCUGAAAGGGAGGCGAUGAUUGCUGCCUUCGCCACCGCCAGUCGCACGGGCCAUGAAGAGGCGAUGACCGAUUUCGCAACGGCCCUGCGCAAUGCCCUCUCUAAUGAGGGUGGAGCCACACGGGGCUCACUCUCAGCCAAGGUCACGCGCACGUACGACGCGGACAUCCCAAAGCUCGAGGGAAAGAACAUCACCCCGCAAAUGAUGGCGGAGUGUUACGGCCCACGUAUGGCCACCCACGUCAUGCCCCUUUUGUUCCGUUCCGCCAACUCGCGCGCCACCAAGGGCAACGACGCCAGCCUACCAUACGGCCACACCGGGGAUUUCUCUCUCGCGCGCGCUUGCGGCUCGCUCGCCGACACAACGCCACUGCGCUAUCGUUGCUGGGCGGAUAAGACACUGCGAGGGCUGCAAGAGUUCCUGCUGGCAGACAAGAAGCGUGUCUCGGCGGUGCCGGCGAAGCGGCGAGCCGCGCGCAGCAGUGCCGCGGCGGAGGCGGAGGCGGCGGGCGCUGGGAGCGAGGUUGCGGCGCGAGCAAAAGCGAGAGCGCUGCGCACCGGGCGAGGCGAGCGGACGGGCUCGGGCUGGUCUCCUUCCGGGGUCCAAGUGCAAGCCGGAGCGGUGGAGUGA